CGCUCGACUCCCACUUGCAGCCCUAGCGAGCGCAUUCAUUGUCGACUUCCCAAGAUCCAAAAAUAGUAAGGUUCAUUCCGUUUUUGUUGGCAUUUGUCGAGACUCUGGUCGUUUCUCUCCACUUCCAUGUGUCUCGAUUUCUACUUACAGGUAGUGUAUCUUGUCCUCUUUCUAUUUAUUUUGUAUCAUAUAUUUUUUUGCAAUUCUUCCCAACAUUUUGCUCUCGUUCGUUCAACAUUUGCUGGUGAAGAGCUGAGAUAAUGGGAGAUUUUCACGGCGUACUCUAGACCGUUGUCGUGUCGUUUGAGUUCGGUUCAGGGUGUUCCCUUGCUCACAUUAUGUUAGGCCAAUCAAGAGAAAUCAUAGAAAUUCAUGUUGGGGACUUAGAUGGUGAUGAGCCAAAUGUUAGGCUGCUCCAAAACAAUGUCGCGUCAGUCUUGUCCGAGGAAGACAUCAGUAGAAUUUAACGGCUUUACAGUUUAUCAUAUGACGUGGUUCUAAGAUGUCCUUUGCCAUCUGAGCGUGCCAUGGAUGCUCGUCUUAACGAGGUCGUCGUCUACGAAGCGAAUUUCGCAUCAGGAUUUCGAGGAGUCAUUCCUUCUCUGAUCGCCAAAAUGGCCAACGAGUUCUCUAUUUCUCCUGGUCAGUUUUCUCUGUUAGCUUGGAGAGUGCUGAUGGCAACUCAAGCCUUUGGAGAGUCUCACUCCCUUGACAUAGGAGCGAAUGAGGUAUUGUACGCUUACUACUUCAAUCCUCUAGUAGACGAUAUUGGUAGAUACUCUAUACACUCACGUCGUCCUGAUCGGUUGGUGUUUGAUGUCGGGUUAUUUGAGAAACGGAGGCUUGAAUUGUCUUGGCCACAGAAAUACUUGUAUAUGAGGGUUGGUUACAAUCCAGGAUUUCCCACUGAUUGGUUUGAUGCUGGUGGGUUCGCGAAUGACGACUUCAUAUGUGCCCCGAUUUAUAACCACUUACUCGUUCCCUUACUCGUUUGGCUCUCCCUCUAUAUUUUUGCAGACAUUCGCGCAAAAAGUCGUGAAGAAGGCAAAGAAAUAAUCUCCAAAGUGCUAUUAUACAAUCCCAAGUACCGCUCCAUUGCCUUCCUCACGAGUUCUUUUGUACUUGAGCAUUGUAGCUUUUGGGGAUUCGACAUGUCGAAUGGCCAGCGUCUUCCCAUACCUGACAGCUUCGCGUCAUUCUUGGCUGCUCACGGAAAACUAACUGAGGCAAUCCAAACAAAUGAAGACUCUUCCAACGAGAUGGAGUGUGUUGAAGUUUCUGUGGCCAACAAACGCAAGGCCCCUCAGGCGAUCCCAACACCAUCAUUUCCUAGGCGAGCGAGACUGGCUCAUGGCAACACUGCCUCCACCGUCACGGUCCCUUGUCAGGAGAUUCUAACAAGCACUGACUCUUCUUCGGUUAUUGAGCAGCUGAAAAACAAAGUUUUUUCCCAUGAUUUUGAUUCUCUGGAUGCCGACGGCACUGCUGCCCUUGCCAAUGGAGUUUAUAACGACCUUCUCAAGGUCAUGUCAUCAUUCCACCUUGUUGAAAGGAAACUCUCAUCCACCAUCGUUGAAGUUGCACAUGAGCGUCUAAAGGUGGAUAGCCUCCAACAGCGACUCGACCAUGAAAAGAAAGAGUCUCGUUCUCUUGUGGUCUCCAAAGACGAGACGAUUAGUUGUCUAGAAGGUGAAGUGAAAGAACGUGACUUGAUGAUUUGUGGCCUUCAAACUGAUGCGACGAAAUCGAUGAGAGAGAAAGAGUUGUUGUUGCAAGAGAUUGAAACCCUCAAGAAACGGAUUGAUUAUAUGAAGAAUGAGCAUGACUUUUUCAUGAAUGGGGCAGCCAUCAUUGCUCACUGGGAAGCUCUAGGCGAAUGCCUUCUUUCAGAUCGCAAAGAGUGGAAUUUAGCUGAUGCAGAUAUGCAGUACGUGCAUGUGAUGGAGGCCCAAGAAAAGUUUAAAGGACUGCCUCUUCCUACUUUUGAGGUUUCUCUUGUUGCCAUCGCUGAGAAUUCUUGCGAACCUUCUCCUACUCAGCCAUGAACGCCUUUUCCCUAUGCACCUCACUCUCUAUCCCUUUUGUUGUGACCACAUAAUACUCAUAUUAUUAUUAUUACUGUUUUGGGCGGUCACGCGGCUAUAGAGGGUGUUAUAUAUCAUGCGUGUAUGCUUUGACAUUGUGAACGUCGCGACUUAGGCUCCUCGGUAUUUUAUAAUUAGAAGACUUUCGUAUAAGACUUUCUGAUUAUCAUGUC